AUGGAUAAAAUUCACCGGCUUAAUGUUGUGCAUCGCUAUGAGAAGCGGAGUUUGCUUAUAGCGAUCAAUUGCAUCGCUGGUCUUUCGAUCCUGUUUUUUGGAUAUGAUCAGGGUAUGAUGGGCGGCGUCAACACAGCAUACGACUACUAUACGCUCAUGGGCUUUGGCCACAAAGGCCCUGAUGGUGGCCCCGUGGUCGACGACACUCUCCUUCAAGGAGGCAUCGUAUCUGUGUAUUAUUUAGGGACACUGGUUGGGUGUCUAGUCGGAGGCUCGAUCGGCGAUCGCUUCGGGCGCAUAAAGACCAUAUUCAUUGGAGCUGCUAUUGGAACAGUUGGCGCUGCAUUGCAGUGCUCCGCUAUGAAUCACAUUUGGAUGAUUUGCGCGCGUCUGGUUAACGGCUGGGGAACCGGUAUCCUGAACUCUAUCAUUCCUGUCUGGGCAACCGAAACAGCAGAGCACACAUCCCGAGGUCAGUUCAUUGCCAUCGAGUUCACGCUGAAUAUCCUUGGUGUGGUCAUUGCCUACUGGCUGGAAUAUGGCUGCUCAUUCUACGGUGACGGUACAUCGUCGUUCAUCUGGCGCUUUCCCAUCGCCUUCCAGAUCCCUAUGCUCCUCAUCCUCAUGGCUGCCGUCUUGUUCUUCCCUGAAUCUCCUCGAUGGCUGGUCAAGGUCGGACGAGAAGCCGAAGGACGUUACGUUUUGGCUCGUCUUCGAGGCGACACUGGAGAAGACAAGGUCAGGGCCGAAGCGGAAUUCCAAGACAUUGUUUCGUCGUGCGAACUCGAGCGCUCCAACUUCCGCAAGCAAAGCUACUUCCACAUGCUAUUCGGUAUUGGCUCUGGAAAGCUACAUACUGGCCGCCGCGUUCAGCUUGUUGUCUGGUUCCAGAUUAUGCAGGAGUGGAUCGGUAUUGCGGGUGUUACAGUGUACGCGCCCACAAUCUUUGGAAUUGCGGGUAUGAGUCCAGAAAAGCGCCAGUGGAUUGCUGGUCUCAACAAUAUCUUUUACAUGUUUGCGACGCUCAUCUGCGUCUUCACGCUGGACCGAAUCGGACGACGCUGGACUUGCUACUGGGGCUCGGUAGGACAGGGAAUCGCAAUGGCACUUGCAGGCGGGUUCUCGUAUCUCGGUCAAGAAGCGACAAAGAACGGCGAAGCGGGAAAAGCAUCUUCGUAUGGAAAUGCGGCAGUGUCCAUGGUCUUUCUCUUCACAGCCAUAUUCGGCGCCACAUGGCUGACGGUUCCUUGGCUUUACCCCGCAGAGAUCUUUCCGUUGGAGGUUCGAGCCAAGGGUAACGCGUGGGGUGUUGUUGGCUGGUCGAUUGGCAAUGGCUGGCUGACUCUGCUCUGCCCGGUCAUGUUCAAUGCUUUAGGCGAGAAGACGCUGUACAUCUUCGCUGCAUGCAACGCCAUCACGAUUCCCAUGAUUUGGGCACUGUACCCGGAAACGAAUCAGCGCACGCUGGAAGAGAUUGACCUUCUCUUUGCAUCGGAUAGCAUCUGGAAUUGGGAGGCGGAGAAGAACUUUGCGGCUCUGAAGGAUCAACUGACAUAUGCGACGGCGCGGACUUCAAAGGACGAUAUCGAGCAGCUUUCGCAUCGGGGGUCGAGCGAGGUUCGGCGAUCGAGUGUGCGUGGAGAUAUGAAGCUUUGA